ACUAACGUUCACUUUUGGUUCACUAACGCUCUUUGAGACGCGUUUGUUUAUAUAACAUUUGCUUUCUUCUCAAUGAUGCUAAGCAUAUUGUGUUUGAGAAAUGAAAUUGUUUCACCCAUUGAAACAAAAUUAACCUGAGUAGCAGACCAUUAUUUUGAUGCAGUUAUCAACUUUAAUAUUUUUUUCAUUAAUUUAUCGAACAGUGGCCUGUAUUAAUUAUUAAAGGAAGCAAAGGACUUCUGACAUGGAAGAGCCAUCAACCUCGAAUAAUGAAGCAUCUGCUGACAAUGAGAAUGAAAUCUCUACAUGUCACUGUUAUAAAAAACCAAUGCAUAUUGCUGUUAUGAAAGGAGAUAUAAAAACAAUUGUGACCUUAGCAGAAUAUGGUGUAAAAGUUAGCCAAGUAGAAAACGGACAGACGCCGCUUCAUCUGGCUUUAAUCAGAGGUAAACUACUUGCUGCAAGAAAACUAAUAUCUCUGGGAGCAGAUCUCAGUAUCAGGAAUAAAGAUGGCUUUACACCUCUGCAUCUGGCUGUUAUACAUGAUUGUGUGUCCCUUAUUGAUUACCUAAUAGAUACAGAAUCAGAAUGUGAUGUUAAUGCAUUUGAUGAGAAUGGGAACACAGCCCUUCAUAUUGCUGUUUUGUUGGGUAAAAUUAAUGCAAUUCAUGCACUCCUCAUAAGAGGAGCAGAUGCUGAUUUUCCAAAUAGGGAAGUGAAUGCUCCAUUGCAUAUUGCCAUCAUUCAGGGAAAUAGUGAUGUGCUUGAUAUUGUUCUUCAAUAUGUUACUAAACCAAAUAUUCUUGAUAAAGAUGAGUUACGCCCUUUACACUUGGCUGUUUUGCAUAAUCAAAUUGAUGCUAUUCCAAAAAUUGGCUGUCUAGAUAAUAUCAAAGUGAAUUAUCUUAAUGGGGAUGGAGAUAGUGCUCUUCAUUUAGCUACUAAGUUAGGGAAUUUGGAGGCCAUUGCAGAACUUUAUUAUUUAGGGGCCAAUUUAAAUCUUAAAAAUUCAAAGGGCUAUUCUCCUAUUCAUUUAGCUGUGCUUCAUAACAAACUGACUGUAAUUGAUACUCUUGUGCAUUGUGGUGCACGAAUUGAUGCUGCUGAUCGACAUCGAAACACACCUGUACACCUGGCAGUGAUGAAGAAAAAUAUAGCUGCAUUAAGAUUAAUUUGUUACUUAAGAGCAAAUAUUAAUUUAAGAAAUUCGUAUGGAGAUGCACCUUUGCAUUCUGCAAUAAUGAGUGAUUGCAUUCAUGCAGUGAAAGUCCUUUUGGAAUUUGAGGCUAAUAUUAUUAUUCUCAAUGCCAAAGGUAUGACACCUUUGCAUAUAGCUGUGUGUUUGGGUAACAAAGAUAUUAUCGAAACGCUAAUUCAGUAUGGAGCAAGUGUUCAUUGUGUUGAUGUAAAUGGUAAUAGUCCUUUACAUUCAGCUGCAAAAUUUUGCAAUUCAAUUGGAAUUAAAACUCUAAUUAUAAAUGGAGCAGGACUCAAUGUGCAGAACAAGGAUGAUUUAACACCUAUGGAUUGCGUAAUGCAAUAUGUUAAAGAAAAUACUUUUAAAACUGCUACAAAAGCUGUCGCUGAUCUUUACAAAAAAAGAAAUAUUAAGAGGAGAUCGCCUUUAAGCACUCAUAAAAUUCUGAAAUGUGUAAAACUGCUUUUGAAGAUUGAGAUUCUGGGACACUUUGAGCACAGUAAAUUGAAUGAACCUAAAUACCUGUCUAAUAUUAUACCUAUUGUACGGAAUUAUAUAAAUAAUAGUUUUUUUGAAGUCAAGCUAAUGAAGUCCACUCUGCUUCAUGAAAAAUUAUCUUUCUUUGAAUUUGUGAUGUCUGGUUGGGUUGAUGCAAUGCCUUUGACUUGUGCAAAUGCAUCAGAAGUUGCACUCAAUCAUAUACUUGAUGUUUCAACUACCAAAGGAUAUCCUGUUUAUCGUGAUAUCAUAAUCUCUAAGUUAGAGAGACCUGCUUUAUUGAAUAAAGCUCUAUAUUUGAGAAUGCAUGCAAGACACAAUGGAAGAACGAUUUUUUUGGAUUUAGAUACAGUUCCUCUGAUUGUUAAACAGCUUAGUAAUGCUGAUAUUUUAAACCUUCUUUUGGCAUAUUCUGGUGUAAAUUUAGAUAAUGAUGUCUCUGAAUCUUUAAAUAAACUCCAAGAAUCAAAACAUAACUCCAGUUCUGUGGAAGAAAAACCUGCUAAAGUAAGCAAAACUACUGGAAGUAAAAAAAUACAGUUGUCUAAUAACAGUCUGAAAAAUUCUGUGAAAAACAAUAAAAAAAAGUGCAUUUCUGUAGCAACCAAAUCAGCAAAAACUAAAAGAGCUUUGUCAAGUAAGAAAACUGCUAAAGGAAACCAUAGUCCUCAUUCCAUUAAAGUUUCCAGGAAAAAUUAUAAUUCUUCAGUUAUUAAAACUGCUAAAGAAAAACAUUCUACCCGAAGUACCAAAUCAAAGAAAGGAAAAGGUUGCCAUUUGAAUUCUACAUCUUCUAUAAGAAAGCGCAAUUCUUUUAAUUUAAAAAAUAAAAUAAAAAAUUAAUAAGUAAAGCUGAGAAAAGAAAAUGCUGAUAUCUGAAAUAAUGGAGCUACAAAUAAAUUUGCUCGAGCUUUAAAUUUUGAUAAAUAUGUUAAUACUAAAGUUUUUAUAUGGUGGAUCUCGCCUGAAAUAGGGCUGAAGAAUUAUAGACUCCCAAAAGUUUUUAUGCAUUUUUAUAUUAGAUAUAAGAGUAUCAAAGUUUUAUGGGGGGAAAAAAACUAUUUUUAUGGAAGCUUCUAAAUAAACAUUUAUUCAAAUUUCUCUGUUUAUAUUUCAGUACUCAAUUUUAUUUCUCUAAUUUAAAAAAAUUGUGUUCUGAAAAGAUAUUUAUUGCUGUUGGCUAUUUUUUAAGCUAUUUAAAAACAAGUUUGAAAAAAUAUUAUAUAUAUAUAUAUAUAUAAGUUUGGAAUCGAGCUUUAUGUCAUCAUCCCCUAAGUAGAUUAUGCUUUAUGAUUUAAAGAAUUUUACUUUAAAGAAUUAAAAACAUGUGGGUUUUUAAAGUCCUGUUUUGUAUAGAUGUUGCACAUAUCUUUCAUUAUAUUAAAUAUAUGUAUGUGUUAAGUAUAUAUCCAUAUUUCAUGUGUAAUUUAAAUGUUCAAUGUUUCCUGUUUUAAUCUCUAAAUGUUUCUUAUGUAGAGAA